AUGGAAUGGAUAACCCACCGGUUCGAAGUGACAAGGUUGAAAGAUCUAACAAGACGCCAAGAAAACAACAGGCUUGCAUUUUUGGAAACGGAACAGUUCCUUGUCGUCCGGUCUAAACUCGUCUCCCUUCAUUCUACAGUGAGAGGACCAGACAAUGCAAUUCCCUUCCAUUUUCAAACUUCCUCUAGAAAAUCUGCUAAUAAGUGGGUGUAUUCUCUAUCGGUCAUUUUCGUGGGUGAACCGUUGAGCAUUUACAAGGAGUCUUUGCUGUUUCCAAUUUUCGUCCUACCCUAUAAUUUCGCGUUUUUGAGAAAUCCGAAGAGAGAACCGCUGGUUCGACUGGAACCACAUCCGAAAAAAGUCUGCAGUACUGAAAGUCAUUUAAAAGGAAUUGAAACAACCUAUGUACAAAUGAACAACACCGACAAGAGUCGAAGGGAAGAGAAUGUGGGAUUCUCCACCGGGGGCGAACUUCGCGGCUGGAGGAAUUGGCACUAUUAA